AUGUCAAAAUCUGUACGCUUUAAUCCUGAAAUCGCCACCUUCAUCACUUAUAGUGCUGAUGAAUACGAUAGAUCAUGCUUUGCAGCUUGCAACCCUAUCCAAUACACAUUUGCAAUUCCCACUACCCCCAUUGAAUCUACCCCUACUAUAUCCAUGAUACCCACUCAACAACAACAACAACAAGACAGACCCACCAUCAAGCCACUUGACUUGUCUAUUAUUCCCAAUUCUCGUAGACGGGCUCUUGAUUCACCCACUGCUGUACAGGCGCCAAGACUCAAUAGCAAGAAACCAAAGCUAACCAUCAAUACUCAAUCAUUGACUCCAUUGUUCUUUUCUGGUCUAUCAACCCAUUACAAAUGCAAGAAUGAAGACGAUGAAGAAGAGCACGGUUACUUGAUUCCCGUCAUGGCUUGCUAG